AUGGAAACUUUACAGGAUGUCGGAUGUUUGGAUAACGAUAGAGUUGUACUUCAUAUUGGACCUGUCUCAUAUAUACACGCUAAUUAUGUGACGACUCCAAUGAAUGCGAAAAGAUUUAUUUGCACCCAGGCACCUCUUCCAAAAACUUGUCCAGAAUUUUGGUAUAUGGUGGUACAAGAAAAUUGCACUGCCAUAUGCAUGCUGUGCAACUUUAUUGAACAGAGGACUAAAAAGUGUGCAGAAUAUUUUCCAACAGAAGAAGGACCACCAUUGGUAUUCGAGGGCAAUGUUAGUGUUCAACUGAAGAGACAGUAUCCAGUGAGUGCAAAUACAGAUUAUUUUGAACCGCAUGUGCAGCCCGGUCUAUGCAAUACACAAGUAAGACCGUACUUUCUUCCCAUCCCACUUUAGAA